UCUUCACCAAUUUCACCUAAGGCAGGCCCUGCUCGUAAGAUUUAGACUCAGUCAGUCCUCCCACUCUUUCCUAUUAUCCAAUCGUUUUCUCAAUACCCACUUGUCUACUUGUGACACCAUUCUGAUUUUUUCUCUCCAUGUGUUCUUCUCGCCCUUAAAAUUUCAAAAAAAAAAAAAAAAAAAACAGUUGAUUUGAUAGAGACUUCAAACAUGAAAUAAAGUUAGACUACGCGUUUUAAUUCAAAGUUUCCUUUUGAUGGUUGGUUUGCCUUAGCUUUCUGUGAUCAGAACCCUGUUUUCUUCACUUGUUUCUUUCAUCUCUGCCCAUUUUCUUGAGCUCGAUUAGGAGUUUUCGAGUUUGUUGGUGUUCUUCUUUGGCUAAAACUCAAUUGGGUUUGUGUUGGUUUGGGUUUUGGUUGCUUUGUUUGAUAUGGGUAAGGUUGAGAAUCUGAGUUUUCAUCGAUUCAGGCUUCGAUUUGGGGUUUAUGGGUUUGUUGUAAUCAGUUUGCUGUUUCAGAGUUUUCAUUUGUGUUGGUCGCUGAAUGAGGAAGGUUUGACUCUUCUGAAGUUCCGGGAGAGAGUUGUGAGUGAUCCAUUUGGUGUUUUGUCAAAUUGGAAUGACCACAAAGAGGAUAUUAAUCCAUGCUUUUGGUUUGGAGUUGAAUGCUCAGAUGGAAAAGUUGUAUCCCUGAAUUUGAAAGAUCUUUGUCUUGAAGGAACACUUACUCCUGAGCUCAAGAACUUAGUCCAUAUAAAAUCUAUUAAUUUGCGAAACAAUUCUUUUACUGGAACCAUACCUCAAGGAUUGGGAGGACUUGAAGAACUGGAGGUGCUAGAUUUAGGAUAUAACAAUUUCUGUGGGCCACUUCCACCUGAUCUUGGAAGUAAUCUUUCACUUGGAAUCCUCCUAUUGGAUAACAAUAAGGAUCUUCGUAGCUUAUCUCCUGAAAUUUAUCAGCUUCAACUACUUUCUGAGUUUCAAGUCGAUGAGAGUCAGCUUUCUAAUACAGCGGAAGGAUCAUUAUGCAACAAGGAAUCCAUGCCAUGUGAUGCUUUUCAAGUAAAAGACAGUAGAGGAAGAAGAGAACUCCAGGCAUCGGCUAGUCAAGCUCAGUUGACAAUUCAGGGUAGAGUUGCUGAAGUUGUAGGUCCUCUAAAUCCACCAUUACCAGUUGGUGACAAUUCUGAUAGACCACCAUCACAUUCAUCACCACCAUCACCACCAUCACCACCUGCGGGAGCUCAAGAUUCUCUACCGCCACCACCAAGUACCGGCAUCUCUACAUCAAGUAAUGGAACCAGUCCACCUCCUUUAUUUCGGGCUCCUUCAGAGAAAACCCCACCAGAAGCACCUGAGGGAUUACCUCCACCUCAGCCAUCUUCAAAACAAGGAGGAGGCAAGAACAAGUCUUCCGUCGGUGUGGCUGUAGGAGCAAGUGUAGGGGCUGCAGUAUUUGUUAUUGCAUUGGCCGUUGGCAUUUACCUCUGGACCAACAAUAAAGCUACUGUCAAACCAUGGGCGACGGGACUAAGUGGACAGCUUCAGAAAGCAUUCAUUACCGGUGUUCCGAAGCUGAAAAGAUCAGAGCUUGAAGUAUCUUGUGAGGAUUUCAGUAAUGUGAUUGGUUAUUCACCCAUUGGCCCGGUCUAUAAAGGGACAUUGUCUAGUGGGGUUGAAAUAGCCGUGAACCUCAUUUCAGUGAAGUCGUCUAAAGAUUGGUCCAUGGCGUUGGAAACUCAGUUCAGGAAAAAGAUCGAUACACUAUCGAAAAUAAACCACAAGAACUUUGUCAACCUUAUUGGGUAUUGCGAGGAAGAGGAGCCCUUCAGUAGGAUGAUGGUUUUCGAAUAUGCUCCUAAUGGAACAGUAUUUGAACAUCUUCAUGAUGAAGAAUUUGAACACUUGAACUGGAGAAUGCGAAUGAGAAUAGUAAUGGGAAUGGCUUACUGUCUUGAAUAUUUGCAUGAGCAGAGUGCACCCCUAAUCCAUCUCAACCUUACGUCGUCAGCCGUCAAUCUGACCGAGGAUUAUGCAGCAAAGAUUGCAGAGUGUAGUUUACAAAACGAAAUAGUUGCUGAUGAGCGGAUCUGCACCAGUGGACAUCUCUUAAACACUUCAUCAGGAGGUCCAGAAAGCCAAAUUUACAGCUUCGGUUUAGUGUUGUUAGAACUAAUGACCGGUAGAAUCCCCCAUUCAGCACAAAAUGGUACACUUGAAGACUGGGCAAUACAGUACUUGAGAUUGGACAAACCACUCAAGGAGCUCGUUGAUCCGACUCUCACAUCGUUACAGGAAGAGCAGUUGGAGCAAAUCGGUCAGUUACUAAGAUCUUGCUUACAUUCCAAUCCAGAGCAGAGACCAACAAUGAAGCUCAUUACCUCAAGGUUGAGAUUAAUAACUGGGAUAACCCCGGAUGAAGCUAUCCCAAGGCUUUCUCCUCUUUGGUGGGCCGAGCUCGAGAUUGCAUCGGAAGGACGAUGAAGCAUGGAAUCUAGAAUGUUGCAAGAAUGAGCACAAUUUCUGUAUCUUGUGUGUAGUUUUUUGCUGGAUGAUAAUGUAGAUAUCAUCACCGUAGAAGUUUUGCUUGUAUAUAUGUGAGAUUGUUAAUAUAUACAUAACAUGUUUUAGGCUCUUUAAAAGGUACUUGAUUUUGUUAAAAUACCAUUUUAGUCUUUGUAUUCGGUUUCUAUUUAAUUUUAUCCUCCAUAUAUUCAACUAUCCAA